AUGACCUUUGGCGCCGGGAUCCAGGAUGAUGAAGCUUUUCGGGCCGCUGCAGAGCAUGAAGUCGCCGUGGUCGGCGGGACCAAAGCGAAGCUGAUCUCUACAAAGGACGUUGGCCUCGUGGGCUGGGCUGUCGCCGGCGGCCACGGCUGGCUCACCAGCGAGUACGGAAUGGGCGCCGACAGCAUCAUCGAAGCAACCGUCGUCACGCCUACAGGGGGCAUCAUCACUGCCAAUAGAUGCCAGAAUUCCGACGUCUUUUGGGCGAUCCGCGGCGGCGGCGGCGGGACUUUUGGCGUCAUCACAGAGCUGACCGUCAAGGCACACCCGAUGCCUCAAGCAACCACCUGGAUCCUUAACGUGGACGGAAGCACCAACACCACCGUCAAGGAUUGGUGGUCUCUGAUCGCAGAGCUUCACACCGAGCUUCCGGCCCUUAAAGCUGGAGGUUUCCAGGGUUGCUAUACAGUCGCAGGCCCUCUGUCUUAUGAAUCACUCCACUUCAGUUUCUUCUUCUUCAUAUACAACAAACCAAACGGAGCAGCGGAAGCGCUGGCGGCGCCUGUCUUAUCCAAGCUGAAGGAUGCGGCCUCUGAGGUCUCGUUUACCUCCAACAUUACGUACUUUGCAGACUGGUUCACAGUCUACGAGAUGCUUCCGGUGGCAGCACUGAGCGGUGCCGCCGGUGGAGGAGGCGCAACUGUCUCGAGAUUGAUACCCGCUGCGCCCCUUACUGGUAAUGUCCAGAAGAUGGCGCAAGUCCUGGAAGCCGUUGGGCCUCGUGCCGAACCCCCCUCGAGUGGCAUCUCGAACCCCACGAUUGCAGGGGGGUUGAUCGCCAGUGGUAUCCCCGUCGAUAACGCCCUCGAUCCCGCCUGGAGGGAGGCAGUAGUGCACUUUCUCGUCACGAGGGGGUGGGACGAUUCUGUUGCUUACCCUCAGGUGGCGUAUGCCGUAGACGAUGCAACAGAGCGAGUUGGCGGUGCUCUACGGAGCCUCGCCCCUGAGUCGGGUGCUUACAUCAACGAGGCCGACGACCGCGAGCCCGGCUGGCAAAGGACCUUUUGGGGUCCCAACUACGACAGGCUCCGAGAGAUCAAGAAGAAGUAUGAUCCCGACUCCAUUCAGUGGUGUCACCGCUUUGUUGGCAGUGAAGACUGGGUUGAGCUCAUGGAUGGUCGUCUGUGCUGCUCAUCGAGCCAGUAG